AGGGGGUUGGGCCGGGGCGUCCCGCGCCAGGGCCUUCCGGGUCGAAGGUCCGAGCAGGACCGAAUCGGGCCGCGUUCUCGCGGGAGGCGGCGCUCGCAGGGUUUGCGAGUCAACCUGCCUCCCUCCUCGCUAGCCGCGGCGGAGCCCGGGUCCGGGAUUCAGUGUGUGUUCCCGACCCGAGCGCCUUUCGAGGGAAGGCUGCAGCCUUGAGGGGCGGUCGCCUGCUGGGGUGAUGGUUGUCGACACGGCGCACUUGUGUCGCAAGGGAACUGUUUGGACACAGAGCCGCUUCAGAGCGGAGGUCCAAGUGCUGAGGUCGGACGCUGCCGCUUGGGGAGCUGGGGUCCCGCGCCCUCGGAGCUGGGGUGGUUCCCGGGUCCGUUCUCCAGCGCUGUUACAUCAGCUCUCGCUCUGUUGUCUGGGAGUCAGGGUUGGAUCUGAGGGAGUUACGCCGCUGGUCGUGAAGUUGGCCGUAGCCGCGAGGGCUAGGUGUGCGCUGGAAGGACCGCAGCUCCCGCUUAGGUCUUCCUACAAGCUAAGUUUGCUUUCGCCGCGCCUCCUCCUCUGCUGAUCCGAGUUGGGCACGGCGUCCCCGCUACCGAGGACUUGGUCUGGCGCCCCUCUGCUCCCCACGCCCACUCUCUCCCUGGGCAGCCUUGGCGGAAUCCGGGCUUUCAGUCUUGGUGUGGCGCAUGUUUCCCUAAUGAAUGCUUCCGGCGCUGAGCUCGGGACCUGUGAUCCAGGUGCCGCCUUGACUCCUGCGGCGUGUGUAAUAGGCAGCCCAAACUGGCCUGGCUCCUCAAACCUGUUCCUCUCCCAGUCCUUCCUCCUCACUUGCGGCUCCACGCGCCAGGGUCUCCCGGUCUCCAUGGUCCUCAUCGCAUUGGUUCUGUUGUCCUUCCACGUGAGGUCCAGCAGCAGACACCUGGCUCGGUGUCCUCAGGUGGGCUCUGCCCUCUGGCUCUUGCAUAGCUGCUCUUCCUUGUCCGGGUGGCCCCUGGCUCAUCCUCCGGCUCAGCCCUCACCACCCACAGUCCUCCCACGUCUGCCGGGAAACCAGAGCGUCCUUUAGGCUUCAUGUCUGGACGCAAUUUCAGAUGUACUUUGCUGGAUGUAAGGUAAUAUCCGCAACACCUUUGUCAGUAACAGGGGUAAAACUGAAGUGGACUCACCGUCUGUCUCGAGAGCCUGCCUGCUGCUCCCAGGGACCCUCUCCCAGGGGUGACCGCCUCCCGAGGGUCAUGUUUCAGGCCCUCACAACAACAACAAAGCAGUUUUGUUUGUGUGUGUGUGUGUGUGUGUGUAUGGCUGAACACUUUCUUUUUCUCUUUACAUCCUGACCUGCGGCCUGUGGAAGCUCCUGGGCUAGGGGUCGAGUUGGAGCCACAGCCACAGGCCUCCAUAACGCCGGGUCCAGGCCACCGCAGCCUUCGGCAAUGCCAGAUCCUUCACCCAUCCAGCGAGGCCAGGGAUCAAACCUGCGUCCUCACGGACACUGUCAGGCUCUUAACCUGCUGCGUCACAACGGGAACUCCCCAGAUGGUCUCUGUACAGUCUGAGCAAUUCUAAGUUCUGAAACCAGUCUGUGCCAGGGUUUCGGAGCUGGGCCUGUGGUCCGGGAAGCACAGGAUGUUUGUCCGUGCUGCUGUUGGAUGAACUCUGGGUGCACGGCCUCCACACUGUGCCAUUUUGCACAGUCUGUGCACGGGCUGGUGUGUGUCAGCCCAGUGGUGAGUUUUGGAGGGACUCCGUCCAGCGGGAGGAGCUGCGCGCGUCUGCGUGCAGGCAGAUCUGGGGGAGCCCAGGGUCGGGUGGGGAGAGCCCCGUGGCUCUGUUAACUCUCGCUGCCGUCGGACCUUUCCCUUUCUGCCUGGCCAGUGGCUGUGGGACGCAGGCUUCUCUCAGGCACACACAGCAGCCGGGACUUCAGCCUGUACCUCCCGCAGCCGCCCUCUGCUUAGGAGAGGGUCCCUCUAGAGCUCUCCCUCGGCCUGGAGGGCUCUAGUCUGACCCCAGCUGACCGCCAGACCUUGGUUCUAAGACCGUCAGCGCUUCCUCGCGUCCGUCUUACCUUCCAGACACCGACCGUGUUGAGGCUCAGGUCCUUUGCACUUGCUGUUUUCCACAUCGCAAGUAUCUGCCCCCUCUGCCUUUUACUUCUUGCUCUGUCGCUGUGUUUGUUUCCAAAAUGUUCGCAGCUGACACACAAUUCUUCGUCGGUUCCUCAAACAUUCCUUUUUCCCCCGUAGAAGUAAUUCGGAAUGAGUUACGCGGAAAAACCCGACGAGAUCACGAAGGACGAGUGGAUGGAGAAGCUCAACAACUUGCACGUCCAGCGAGCAGACAUGAACCGCCUCAUCAUGAACUACCUGGUCACAGAGGGCUUCAAGGAAGCGGCUGAGAAGUUCCGGAUGGAAUCCGGCAUCGAACCUAGUGUGGACCUGGAGACGCUUGACGAGCGCAUCAAGAUCCGGGAGAUGAUUCUGAAAGGCCAGAUCCAGGAGGCCAUCGCGCUCAUCAACAGUCUGCACCCGGAGCUGCUGGACACCAACCGCUACCUUUACUUCCACCUGCAGCAGCACCUGAUCGAGCUGAUCCGCCAGCGGGAGACGGAGGCGGCGCUGGAGUUCGCGCAGACGCAGCUGGCGGAGCAGGGCGAGGAGAGCCGGGAGUGCCUGACGGAGAUGGAGCGCACGCUGGCCCUGCUGGCCUUCGACAGCCCCGAGGAGUCGCCCUUCGGGGACCUGCUCAACAUGCUGCAGAGGCAGAAGGUGUGGAGCGAGGUGAACCAAGCCGUCCUCGAUUAUGAGAAUCGUGAGUCCACGCCCAAGCUGGCAAAAUUGCUGAAACUCCUCCUUUGGGCUCAGAAUGAGCUGGACCAGAAGAAAGUAAAAUACCCCAAAAUGACAGACCUCAGCAAAGGCGCGAUCGAGGAGCCCAAGUAGAGGCCGCGGGCGGGCCUGUGGCUCCGCAGCCCCUGCGACGGAGCACGUUUUCUGCAGCAGAGACUUUUCCCCUUUGCCGUUUCUGACCCAGCACCUUUUUCUAAGGGAAAGGGGCCCUUUCAGGCCCUGGACGCUGUCUCGGGAAGGCUGGCGCGGAUGGCGCCGCGCGUCCUGAAGCAGCUCGGGCUGCCGCGGGCGCUCGGGGCAUUGCGGUCCCUGGAGGCCUCCGGGUGCCGCCGAGGCUGGGUCCCUGGGAACAGUGGGCCCCGGAGGCUCGCCCUCUGACGCUCGGUUUGCUUUCUGUGGGCGCAGGAGGCAGAGCCCGCUCUUCUCCGUCCUCCGAGGCGAGGUCAGGUCUCCGUGUGGGAGCGUGUCCACAGCCCCGUGAUUCUUCCUUUGGUUUUCUCAUCGGAAAGAGGAUAGCAAUUUGCAGGUCCCAACUCACAGACUUUGGUGCGAGGGUUUUGAGUUGGAUUUGUUUGCCCUCUUGGUCUGGGUUGUGUGGCUUUGGGGGGGGGGCUGUGUGUUUUUAAUUGUUUUAAUAUAUAUUUGGUGCUGUGUGUGGGAGAGGCUCUUUCCUAGGGGAUCAGUGAACCGUCUCUCCUAGGCCGUUUCGCUGAAAAUAAAGGUUUCCCUUUAACGUCAAGAAGGACCAAAACAGCCUCUAGAAAGUUUUAAUUGCCCCGACACACCUUUUUUGGGGGCGGGGCGAGCUUCCCCAGGGAGCACCGCCACCCAGGCCUGCACCCCCGCUGUCCUAAGAGUCCUGACUCCCCGCCCCGCGUCUGCCCCCGCCCAGCGGGGAGCUGGGGAGGGAUGCUUGUGUGGUGGGUGGGGCUCGAGCGCGGGCCCGUGUGUUCGGGUCCUGCAUGGGUGCCCCUGGUGCUGGUGCCAGCUCGUUCCGGAGCUGCUCCUCCCCAGGCAGGGGCUCCAGCACCGUGUGGUUCCUUUUGCCAGGUGGAGUGUCUGGGCCCCGACUGGAUGGAGAGAAAAGCCGUCAGCAGGCAAAUUUGAGGGGCCCGUUGGCCUUGGCAAGCAAGGCCAGGCAGGUGCUCAGGGUGCGGGGCGGGCUGUGCUGGUGGCGUCCCUGCAGACCCGGUUACGCGUCCUCGGCACCUGCUGCCCUCCCCGCCCCCCGCUCCCUCUCUCCUUCCGUGUGGCAUCUGAGUGACCGGUUUUCCGUGGGGUCAGUGCUUGGCAGUUUUUCCCUAGGGUGAUUGAUCAGUCGGGCCUCAGCUGGCCCUUUGUCCUGCCCUUUGACCCUGUGCGGAUGGGGGGGCCUUUCCUGAUCCCCAAAAUGAUGCCUUUCAACUCCGUCUCAGCAGUCCACCUCGGAGGUGUCCUUUCUCUAGCAUCGCUUCCUCUGAAGUUUGAAGUUAGAGAAAACGGGCUUUCUCCUUGAAGUUAUUAAUAGUCAAGUGCAGCAGAAGCUGGAAGAAAAAUAUUAAGGAAGAAGAGAGAGAACUAUACACUUUUUGAAAAGCACCAGGCCAUUCAGCUUAUUUCUAAUCCUUUAUCAUGAGCGUGUAUAAGACUGUUUCCAUGCACAGUUAGCACAUAGUCAAUUUGACCCGUCUUUGAAAGCAGACGGUCUGAGAUGCAUGUUACCAGCAGCAGGUGUCCAUAAACCAUCAGGACCUGUGUGGGUUUGUCUCCUGCCUGAUCCCAUUAAAUGGUUAUAGU